GGCGAAGUCUAAAAACGGAGGGAGAUCUCUGAGGGAGAAACUGGACAAAAUAGGAUUAAACCUGCCAGCCGGGAGGCGUAAAGCUGCUAAUGUUACCUUGCUCACGUCGCUCGUGGAGGGAGAAGCAGUUCAUCUAGCUAGAGAUUUUGGGUACGUUUGUGAGACAGAAUUUCCUGCCAAAGCAGUGGCUGAAUUUCUGAACCGACAACAUUCCGAUCCAAACGAGCAAGUCACAAGAAAAAACAUGCUUCUAGCUACAAAACAGAUCUGUAAAGAGUUCACCGACCUGCUGGCUCAGGACCGAUCUCCCCUGGGGAACUCACGGCCCAACCCCAUUUUGGAGCCGGGCAUCCAGAGCUGCCUGACCCACUUCAACCUCAUCUCGCAUGGCUUCGGGAGCCCGGCGGUGUGCGCUGCCGUCACCGCCCUGCAGAACUAU